AUGUCAGAUAACGUCUUUGGGUUUUCAUCUUCUGAUCCAUAUUUUUAUAUCAGUAGCGAAGACAGGAUGCAACAAAGCCAACUCAUACGAUUGAUUCAAGGGCAACAGCAUGAGAACCAAGGAUUCAUAUCUCAAUUAUUCCAUGAGCAACAAAGUGAUGAUGAAUUUGAUUGCAGUAAUGAAGAUAAUGAGUAUAAAAUUGAAGCUGGUGCUAACUUUCCUAAUUGGAAGUCUUUAGAAAGUGCGUUAGAAAAGCAUGAACUAGAAGUUGGAUUCAAGUCUAUAAAGUUUCGGAUAGAACGUGAUAACAAUGGAGAUAUAAUUCGUCGAUACUUUGUUUGUGAGAAUUCGAAAGAGCAACAAUCCAAAAAAAAAAUAAUUGAUGCAGACCAUAGGGAAAGAAAUUCUAAGAAAGUUGGAUGCCUGUGGCAACUCAAUGCAGG